CCUGCAUCCAACAACAGAAGCCGAAGUCACAAGAAGCCAGAAAAGCCAUUAGCGAUACAACGUUUUUUUGACUUAGCUCCACCAUGAGCAAAUACGUCCGGCAAGAGAAAUCUCAGCGAAAGCACCCUAUCAUCUCAAGCUCCACCUCCAUCAUAAAAGCCCCUGUGGUUCCGACAGCUCCAAAGGAGCGUCCAGGAUGGAAGGGACCUGGCUUCACCAAGAAGGCACGGAAACAACCUCCUCCUGCCCCAACCCCGUCAACAUCCACAGUUCUAAAUUUUCAGCACAAUGACCUCCCAAUCGAGCUCCAACAAUUGCUUCUAAACAUAUUCCGGACAGCAUUUCCAAUUUGUCAAGACUACAGCGCGUUGAAACCGACAUUGCGGGAAAUUAAGGAAGCGCUCUUUGAAAGAGACUUUGAGCGAGCAUUGGGACGUCUGGACUGGAUGGAAGCGUACGUCGUGAGAUGGAGUCCGAGUCGGGCGCUGUGUUAUGCGGCUGUUCUUUUGGGGGUGUUUGAAGAGUUCGGGGAAGAACUGUGGGUCCAGAGUAUGUUUCAAGGUCCAGAAAGCGACAUUCAAAGGCCUUCCAAAUCUCCUGGGCCGACUCCACGUCCCUUGAAAGCUGUUUGCUUUGGAGGCGGAGCUGCUGAAAUUAUGGCUUUCGGGGCUAUCCUACGACAUAUCUUGACCACGGAAUCAGCCUCAGGCUCAAACGGUACGAAUUCUCUCUCGAGAUCGGAGUUUCACCGCCCGGUACUACAGCUCCAAGUCGUCAAUUCAGCAAAUUGGACACCCAUAAUAAACUCGUUACGGUCCGGACUCACGACACCACCUACACUCUCCAAAUACGCAAGUGCGAGCGCUCAAGCAAACAACGCGCCCUUCCUCUCCCCUGACGUUCUCAAUAUUUCCUUGCAACGGUGCAGCCUCCUUGAAGCAAGCCAGGAAGAUCUUGACUGUAUGGUCGGUGGAAAAGCGGUGCUCAUCACAGUCUUCUUCUCAAUCAGCGACCUUUGGGCCUUAUCUGUUGUGAAAUUCACGGCGUUCCUCCUCAAAUUGACACUUGCAACCCCAAAGGACUCCUUGCUCUUGAUAAUAGAUGGGCUCGAUUCAUCUGCAGAAAUUACACUGGAGAAGGAUGAUCAAGGCAAAGAGAGGAAGGCAUAUCCGAUGCAUUACCUGCUAGACAUGGUCUUACUGGAGAAGCAGCUUCUAAGUUUAAUGGAUAACAAGCCGGCUUGGGAAAAGCUGCUUGAAGACCAGAGCAGGUUGUUCAGGGUAGCGGGGCAACUCAAGUAUUCCAUCGGUCUUGAGAAUAUCAAGUUCCAAGUGCAUUUAUUCAGGAAGCUAUGAGUGAUAGAACAGGUCAUGGGGCGACGGUCUUACGAUUAGAGUCAAGAAACCGGAGACAUUUAAGCAACCCAAUGCACAUCAAUCCUGGAAUUGCAAGAAGGAGAGUAAGAGGCUGAAAUCGGUGAAGUUGGGGAGGAGUCCCUGAAGCGAUGGUCCACACAUCCAGCAGGGAUGGUACAGAACCCUGCCAGCGAUUCCGAAGUGGGAUGGUGGCAACAGUGAGAUUUCUCGAUAUCUGCCCCCAACUUUUCCCACCACUUUCACUUACCAAGUUGAACACCAAUGCAGAAGUCCCAUGCUUAUCAUAGUUACACAUGCGGUGUGACUUGUAUGUAUCGUGAGCUGGAUGCAUGCGCCAUUCUUCUCGACCUUCGCAAAGGACAGGACUGUUCUUCCAACACGAGAGUUUGUAGUCAGAUUGCCUGAUUUAUACUUU